AAUUUUAUUUACACUGUAUUUCUGUUUAAUUUAUUCAUAAUUCUGUCCUCAUCAUCCCAUCAGCUGUAACACUUCCAUUUCCUUCUGACUGAGAUCAAUAACGUGUCAGAAACAUCCAUCUCAAACCCUGUAAAGCUGCUUGUUCGGAUGUGUUUUACUGAUUUCUUUAUUGGAUUUCAUUGCUUUUAUGGAUGCAUAAUCCUCCAGCGGUGACGGGCUGAUGGGAACUCUCCGUGACCUCCAGUUUGCCCUGCAGACUAAGAUUGAGGAGCUGCGGCAACGUGACGCCCUCAUCGAUGAGCUGGAGCUGGAGCUGGACUCUAAAGAUGACCUCAUCAGACAGCUGCAGGGCGAGCUGGACCGUCUCCGCACCGCCUCGGUCUCACUCAACCCCUCCGGGACGACAGAAGUCACCGCGUUACCAGAUGAGCCCCAGCGAACUAAACGCCAGGCCAUUUCAGCCGAACCCACAGGGCUGGAUCCAAAUCAACUCACCCACGUCACCCUCACCAACUACAGCAAGAGCGAGGAGUCUCGAGAGUUGAUCCAGAAGGCUCUUUUGGAGAAUGAUUUCAUGAAGCACCUGGAGGCCAGUCAGAUCCUCACCAUCAUGGACUGCAUGUAUCCCACCACACUGACACAGGGCUGUUGCGUCAUCCAGGAGGGCGACGACGGCUCUACCGUCUACGUCCUGGAAGAGGGGUCGGUGGAGGUUACCAAAGGAGAGCAGAAGCUGUGCACCAUCGAGCGGGGGAAAGUGUUCGGAGAGCUCGCAAUACUCUAUAACUGCACGCGCACGGCCACCGUCACGGCCCUGACCGAUAUCAAACUAUGGGCUAUAGAUCGACAGGGUUUCCAAACCAUCAUGAUGAGAACUGGCCUUCUCAAGCAUUCAAACUACAUGGAGUUUUUGAGAAGUGUGCCCUCCUUCAAGACUCUCACUGAAGAUGUGCUGAGUAAAGUAGCAGAUGUUCUGGAAGAGACUCACUACAGUGAUGGCGACUACAUCAUUCGUCAGGGCGCUACUGGAGACACAUUCUUCAUCAUCAGUGAGGGUCAGGUGAGGGUCACCCAGCAGAAAUCAGCCAGUGAGGAGCCAGUGUUCCUGUCCACACUGUCUAGAGGAGAUUGGUUUGGAGAGCAGGCUCUCAAAGGGGAAGAUGUGCGUACAGCAAAUGUUACGGCUGUUGGAGAUGUGACAUGUCUGGUUGUGGACAGAGAGUCUUUCAAGCAGCUGAUCGGAGGACUGGACAAUAUGAGCAACAAGAUGUAUGAGAGUGAAGAGGUGAAGGCCAGGUUGGAGGCAGAAGCCGCGUUCUUCUCUAAUAUGUCUCUCAGUGACUUCCGUGUGAUCUGCACGCUGGGGGUGGGCGGCUUCAGUCGGGUGGAGCUGGUGCAGCUGAAGAACGAUCACAGUCGCUCCUUUGCCAUGAAGGUCCUGAAAAAGCGUCACAUCUUGGACACGAGUCAGCAGGGCCACAUCCUGUCUGAGAGAUGCAUCAUGAUGGAAGCCCACAGUCCUUUUACUGUCAGACUUUAUCAGACCUUCAGAGAUUCGAAGUACCUGUACAUGCUGCUGGAGGCGUGUUUGGGUGGAGAGCUGUGGACUCUGCUCAGAGACAGAGGCUCGUUUGAUGACAGCACCACACGCUUCUACGCUGGAUGUGUGGUGGAAGCUCUCGCUUUUCUACACUGCCGUGGAAUCAUCUACAGAGACCUGAAGCCUGAGAACAUCAUACUGGACCACCGUGGAUAUGCCAAGCUGGUAAGCAAAGCAGUGUCAUUUUACUAUUAUUUAUAUACUAGUUUUAAUUUUAAUUUUAGUUUAAGGUUUAGUGCUUUUAUGAACACGCCACUAUUUUUGAAAAUAGGCUCAUUUUCCAACUCCCCUAGAGUUAAAUCCUCUGUGCCUCCAAGCCCACCUUUCUCAGGGUCAGAUCCCAUGAAGACGUACAACAUUAUUCUUCGAGGAAUCGAUAUGGUGGAGUUUCCCAAGAAAAUCACUAAGAGUGCUGCGAACUUGAUCAAGAGACUGUGCAGGGACAAUCCGUCUGAGAGACUCGGCAACCAGAAGAACGGCGUGAAGGACAUCCAGAAACACAAAUGGUUUGAGGGGUUUAACUGGGAUGGUGUUCGUGAAGGAACCUUGACUUCUCCGUUUAUACCAACUGUGGAAGGGCCUUUGGACACCAGUCAUUUCGACUGUUUCCCAGAGGACACAGAUGAGCCGCCGCCUGAUGAAGAGUCCGGCUGGGACUUUGAGUUCUGAUCGAAGGGACCAACUGCUUAUAUGAACGGCACAGAAACAGAC